GAAAAUGGCGGAGCUCAAGGAAGGGGACGCUGAGCAACUUCACCAGGAGGACGCCAAUAUAAAAGACACUGGGACUGAUACCAGUAAGAUCCUCGCUGAAUCUGUGGAGCGUGAGCAAAUGCCAACUCAAUCAGCAACUACUACUCCAGUGAAAACAGAGGACAAAAAUGGACAAACAUCCUCCACUGUCGUGUCAGAGAGACAUGUGUCUAUUCAAACCACACUGGAAGGGCUCGAAAUGCUUGUGGAUUUAAACGGAGCCGGGAGGAAGUCUUGUCCAUUGUGUCCAGAAGAGAAAUUUAAGGCCUGUUACAGUCAUAAACUUAGACGACACCUGCAGAACUUACACUGGAAAGUUUACGUGGAAUUUGAAAGCCAAAGGAUGUGCAUCUGUCAUCUGCCUUGCCGACAACUCAAGUCCAGUCUAGGCUCUGACCAGACUCAAAGCAGACUUGUGGCUCACUACCACUGUGUGGUUUGCUCUGUCACUAUUGCUCGCAAGACAGACAUGAUCAGUCAUCUCAAACGCCACUUCAACAAGGGUGAGACAGAGGCCAGCUAUUCAGGCAGCUCAGAUGUACCCUUUGAACAACCUGUCCCAGGUGGACAGGCUUAUGAGAUUAUGAAAGAACUGGGCACCAAUGUCCAGCUCCUGCCCAACCACACCACACCCCAGAAGACAGACACCUACUUCAACCGCAAGAUGAAGACAAACAGGCAGCUGGUGUUCUGCUCUCUGGCUGUUCUUGCUGAGGAGAGGAAUCCACUCGAAUGUCUCGAUGCCUUUGGAGCGACUGGAAUCAUGGGUUUGCAGUGGGCAAAGCAUCUGCGCAACUCUGUAAAGGUUACUAUAAAUGACUUAAGCGAAGCUUGCGUGAAGAUGAUUAAGGAGAAUUGUCAUCUGAACCACAUCCGAGUAGAGGGCACUCGUACAGGCCGGCAGCUCGACGGAGCGGGAGAUGCAGACUCGCCCAUUGCCUCCGUGGAGGUGGUGAAGAUGGACGCCAAUGUCAUCAUGCACCUGAGACCCUUCGACUACAUACACCUUGACCCAUUUGGAACGUCUGUAAACUAUCUGGACGCUGCUUUUCGUAACGUUCGGAACCUGGGCAUUGUCUCUGUGACGUCGACAGACACCGGUUCGCUUUACUCUAAAUCCCUGAAUGUGACGCUUCGACAUUACGGUUGCCAGAUAGUCCGAACUGAGUAUUACAGGGAACUCGCGGCGCGUAUGGUAUUGGCAUCAGUGGCCAGGGCGGCUGCACGCUGCAACAAAGGGAUUGAAGUGCUGUUGGCCGUAGCUCUUGAGCACUUUGUCCUCGUAGUGGUGCGAGUUCUUAGAGGGCCCACCCAGGCAGACGAGUCCUCUAAGAAACUGCGGCAGCUGUUGCACUGCCAGUGGUGUGAAGAAAGGGUGUUCUUCAAGCCAGGAAGCAUGGUGGAGGAAAACCUGUACAGACAGCUGCCCUGCCAGUGCCAUGGGAGUAUGCCAGGAAAAACAGCAGUAGAGCUUGGACCACUUUGGGCCGGCCCUCUGUUUAACACUGGUUUUCUGAGGCGGAUGUUGGUGGCAACAGUGCAGCACAAUAUGGAAGACAUCCAGCCUCUGGUGAAGACACUCAUUUGUGAAGCUGACUGCACCACUCUCAAACCUUUCCCUGUCCCGGGAUUCUCUGCCUUCUCCAACCAAGUGGAAUGUGGUGUGGUCAUAAAAACUUUACAGAAGGUUGAAGAGGCGGAUACAUCUGACCAGUCAGGGAAAAGAAAGCCCACAGGGGAGGACUGUGGGAAUGUGCUGAAGAAAGUCAAAUCAGAUACAUCUUUGGAGCAUCCAGCAUUCUACUACAGCAUCCAUCGGCACAGCAUCCGCGGCAUGAACAUGCCUAAGCUGAAUAAGUUCCUGCAGUAUCUCACGGAGGCCGGGUUUAGAGUGAGCCGCACACACUUUGACCCAACAGGUGUGCGGACCGAUGCCACCCUGGCACAGUUUAAGGAAGUGCUUACAAAAUACAGCGUGCCUACCUACUCAUCCGCCCCUCAAAGCAACGCUGUCAGCUCAGACCGACGUCUAACUCUCUGACUUUAGAUACUGUGCCCGUGUGGGCAUGCAUUUGAGAGUUUGGACAGCACAGAGGUCAACUUUGGCUAUUUUUAUUGAUGAGUUUUCCUGUU